AUGACCGUCGGAGUUUUAGCUUUGCAAGGUUCUUUCAACGAACACAUCGCGGCUCUGCGGCGGCUCGGCGUCCAAGGCGUCGAGAUUAGGAAGGCCGACCAGCUUCUCACCGUUUCCUCUCUCAUCAUUCCCGGCGGCGAGAGCACCACCAUGGCCAAGCUCGCCGAGUACCAUAAUCUGUUCCCGGCUCUACGUGAGUUUGUUAAGACAGGGAAACCUGUUUGGGGGACAUGCGCGGGUCUUAUAUUCUUGGCAGACAGAGCAGUUGGUCAGAAAGAGGGAGGUCAGGAAUUAGUCGGUGGCCUUGAUUGCACCGUGCAUAGGAAUUUCUUUGGCAGCCAGAUUCAAAGUUUUGAAGCUGAUAUUUUAGUACCUCAACUAACAUCUAAAGAAGGUGGGCCAGAGACAUUCCGAGGAGUGUUCAUACGUGCUCCAGCUGUUCUCGAUGUUGGCCCUGAUGUCGAAGUCCUUGCGCAUUAUCCCGUCCCAUCAAAUAAGGUCUUGUAUUCAAGCUCUACCGUACAAAUCCAAGAGGAAGAUGCUCUUCCGGAAACAAAAGUAAUUGUUGCAGUGAAGCAAAGAAACUUGUUAGCAACAGCUUUUCAUCCCGAGUUAACUGCAGACACGCGAUGGCACAGUUAUUUCAUAAAGAUGACGAAAGAGAUCGAACAAGGAGCUUCUUCAAGCAGCAGUAGUAACACUAUUGUUUCCGUUGGAGAAACAAGCCUCGGUCCUGAGCAAGCUAAGCCUGAUCUUCCUAUAAUUGAAUAG